UCAAGACCGUAUGUAUCCACCCAAUCACCCUCUCCCGUUGUUGCAAGUCAAUGGCAGCAAUUACCAAAUUCCACAAACAAUCAGGUUCAGCAGGGCCAGCUCCAGCUGCAGUUGGCCCAAUCAGCUAUGCCCUUUUGGAUGCCCCCACGACCUGGUUGCCAUUUAUCUGGAGUAAAUGUUCCUGCUCCUUUUCAGACAUUCACUCCUUUCGGAAUGAUCAAUGCUAGUUGGCAAGCUCCUGUUAUGAUAGGAGGAGAAACUUCUUCAAGCAACCAACCCCAGGCUCCUAAUUUCUGUUACCCUGUCGGUUACCCAUAUCUGAGCUUUCCAGGUCCUUGGGAUCCUUCAUCUUGGUACGCCCAAGGUCAACAAUCGCAGUUGCCCUGCACACACAUUUCCCCAGGAGGAUAUGGUUAUGCUUCUGCAGCGCCUCCACCAUCACCUGGUUGCACAGCAUCUCUUGGGCAACCUUUUCAGAGAGGAAUUAUCAGGCCGUUGGCAAAACUUUCUCAGAAGCAUCAACAACUUUGGGAAGCUCAAUCAGCAGAGAAUGUUCAGCUAUGGACUGUUAUUGGUCAGUUGCAAUCAGAAGUAGCUGAUUACAAAAGUCGCCUAAUGAAACUUGAAGCAGAAGUUUCAUCUCUCAGACCAGCAGUCGAAGAACCCACUGCCCUAGUUACUAGGACUGCUUUAUCUGGGCAAGCAUCAAAGAGAGGAAGACCAAGGAAAUCAACCGCUGCAGUCGAUGUUUUACCUACUCCAGACGAGCAUUACCCCCGAGCACGAGGUAGAAAGCCUGCUGCUUUAAGUAAAUUUCAAUCAUCUGAACCUAGAACUCUUGUCUUUGAAAAGGUUAAUCUAAUCAAGGUAGAAGAUAGAGUGAAAGCAUGUCAUUCCCCUGCCACUACUCAGCAAGAAAAUGAUAAAAAGAUAUCUAAUAUAAUCACUACCAGCAGCGAUAAUGUGGAAGUUAAUGGAAGCCAUUUGAUGAUGCCUGCUUUCAACAGUCAAGUUCAACAGGAAAAUCCCAGAAUUCACAUUAGUGGUAUUGAGCUUAAUUCCUCUUCCAAGAAGGAGAAUAUUGGUGACAACGCUGAUGACUCCGGAGCUGACUUUUCAGUUCUUUCCCAGCAACCCAAGGGAAUUCAUAGCAAGGGAUCUUCGGCUACUCAUAUAGGAACUACAGCAAAUGGGAGAUUUGGUUGGCCUACUAUUAACCCUGAAAGCUGUGGUAGGAAUGCUUUCAAUACAACUUCUCAAAGUUUCUAUGAUAAUGGCAGUGUUAUUGGACAAGGAGGAAAGCACAUUCCUGGAUGGAGUUUUGUCGAUGAAGCGAGUGCUCCGGAACAGCUUGAAGAAGGUGCUGUGGGAUUGGCUAAGAAUGACAAUGAAGAGGAAAUGGGAGAAGAUGCAAGCACAGGUGGUGAAGAAAUUGCUCCAACAAAAGAUGAGACAGCAUAUACAUGGAUAGUGCGCUAGGAACUAAGUCUAAAGGCUCUAUAUAAGUAAAAUGUAACUGGUAACAGCAUUUACAUCCUCUGCUUCAGCAAUUCGCAUAAUUGCAUUCUGCUCUAUUUUGAUUGUAGCUGAUGAUGGGCAAUUCUGUUCAAUUGGGGUAACUUCUUUAUGUAACUGGAGGAAGUUUGCCCAAAGUUUUGAUGUGGGGCAGGGUUUAGCCGAUGAGGCUUUUUUCAAAGAACAAGGAGGAAUCUCAAACUAGGCCUGUCCUUGAGUUUUCCUACAGUAUUUUGUUUAUGCAGCCCGAGUACAAUUUAGUCCUUAUCUUUUGGAUCAGGUUGGGCCUAAUCAGUCCAGUUUAAUUUCCU